UUGUAGCAUUUGUUCUGGAAGCUCGUAUUUACAUUUUAAGUGUAUCUGGUGAGUGGGCUGGAGCCCUGAUCUGGGCCGGGGGGGGGAAAAAAAGCCCUCCGGUACGUCUUUUAGUUGCUCCUCUUCCGUUUUCUCUCCGGUUUCUCAUCACUCCAACCAGCGCGACCAUGCCCAGGAAGAAGGCGGCGGCGGCGGCGGCCUGGGAGGAGCCGAGCUCGGGCAACGGCACGGCCCGCGCCGGGCCCAGGAAGCGCGGCGGCCCGGCCGGCAGGAAGCGCGAGCGGCCCGAGCGCUGCAGCAGCAGCAGCGGCGGCGGCAGCAGCGGCGACGAGGACGGCCUGGAGCUCGACGGGGCCCCCGGCGGGGGCAAGCGCGCGGCGCGGCCGGCGGCGGCCAAGGCGGGCGGCGCGGCCGUGAUCAUCACCGAGCCCGAGCACACCAAGGAGCGCGUCAAACUCGAAGGGUCUAAGUGCAAAGGGCAGCUUUUGAUUUUUGGGGCAACCAACUGGGACUUGAUUGGUCGAAAAGAAGUGCCUAAGCAACAAGCUGCCUACCGCAAUCUCGGUCAGAAUUUGUGGGGGCCCCAUAGAUACGGCUGCCUGUCGGGGGUCCGGGUGCGGACUGUGGUGUCGGGUUCGUGUGCUGCCCAUAGUCUCCUCAUCACCACGGAAGGGACGCUGUGGAGCUGGGGUCGAAAUGAGAAGGGGCAGCUGGGCCACGGUGACACCAAGAGGGUUGAGGCCCCCAAACUCAUUGAGGGUCUCAGCCACGAAGUGAUUGUGUCUGCGGCAUGUGGGCGGAACCACACCCUGGCGUUGACGGAAACAGGCUCCGUGUUUGCAUUUGGAGAGAACAAGAUGGGGCAGCUAGGCCUCGGCAACCAGACAGAUGCUGUUCCGAGCCCGGCACAGAUAAUGUACAACGGCCAGCCAAUUACCAAAAUGGCCUGUGGGGCCGAAUUCAGUAUGAUAAUGGACUGCAAAGGGAACCUCUAUUCCUUUGGGUGCCCUGAAUAUGGCCAGCUGGGACACAACUCAGACGGGAAGUUCAUCGCCAGGGCGCAGCGGAUAGAGUAUGACUGCGAGCUGGUGCCCCGGCGGGUGGCCAUCUUCAUCGAGAAGACGAAAGAUGGGCAGAUUCUGCCAGUCCCAAACGUGGUUGUACGAGAUGUGGCCUGUGGCGCUAACCACACGCUGGUCCUGGACUCUCAGAAGCGCGUCUUCUCCUGGGGCUUCGGCGGCUACGGCCGGCUGGGCCACGCGGAACAGAAGGACGAGAUGGUGCCGCGCCUGGUGAAGCUGUUCGACUUCCCCGGGCGCGGGGCGGCCCAGAUCUACGCCGGCUACACCUGCUCCUUUGCUGUCAGCGAAGUGGGCGGCCUCUUCUUCUGGGGGGCCACCAACACGUCCCGUGAAUCGACCAUGUACCCGAAGGCCGUGCAGGACCUGUGCGGCUGGAGAAUCCGGAGCCUGGCUUGCGGGAAGAGCAGCAUCAUCGUGGCCGCCGACGAGAGCACCAUCAGCUGGGGCCCAUCGCCGACCUUCGGGGAGCUGGGCUACGGGGACCACAAGCCUAAGUCCUCCACCGCGGCUCAGGAGGUGAAGACGCUGGACGGCAUUUUCACAGAGCAGGUGGCCAUGGGCUAUGCCCACUCCCUGGUGAUAGCACGAGACGAAAGCGAGGCCGAGAAAGAGAAGAUCAAGAAGCUGCCAGAGUACAACCCCCGGACCCUCUGAUCGUCCCGGAGCCUUCUGCAGCCCCACACCUCUCGCGGCAGCUGUCGGUUCCACGUGCACUGGGACGGGACGUCGAACAAGGAAUUUUCAGAAAGCAAAAGUUGACCGAAGGUGCAUUUUUGUUAGACUCCCUGCGGUUCCGUUUUAUAAGCGAUUCAACGUCAACUACCUUUUCUGUAUGCUUUCCAAAGUGGUUUUUUUUUUUUUUUUCCUUUUCUUUUCAUGUUGAAUUAAAAUAUCUGCUCAUAGUUGACUUACCAUUCCUACAAAAGAGGCAGAAACUUUGAGCAAUCUAGGGGUUUUGUUUUUGUUUUUGUUUUUGUUUUUGUUUUUCUUCCUCCCCUGAAUCCACUUCUCAGAACACCCCUUUCCAGCUGUAACUAGCGUUGCGAUCCGGGCGGGUGUUCCCUGAGAGGAGUCCCCGUGGACUCAAAGAAACGUCCCUUCUGGGAACCGGCGGCCGCAGCUGGGCAUAGACAGUCCUGGUGGCGGAUCUCCAUCCAGAAUCACGGCCGCCCGCUUCGGGAGCAUCGGGUCACUAUUCCUGCUUCUUGUAGACCGGCUGAGGCUGGCGUUCUGUUUCUGUCCUUGGCUGCUUGUAAGCCCCAUCGCCUUUUGGCUGCGACAUUAGUAGAAUCUGCCGUUUCCCCCCUGGAGGGGGCUUUGGGGUCUGUGUUUAGCCAUUUUUAUCUACUUUAGCUGUAAAAGAAGUCCAAAUGAAAAUCAGGUGAUUGUGGACCCAGUGGGGACUUGGGGGUGGGGGGGGGGUGUGGGUGGGCAGAUGCGGGGACAACGCCUCUGGUUCAAGGGCGGCUUCCAGGCUCCUUAGACGAGCCGGGGCCGCCUCGCCAGCACUCGCCAUUAGAGAUUGAUCAGCCAGCAGCGAAAAGUGCAUUCUGGAGUCCUUGCAAGGAAGGCUCAGCCCUUUGUGUACCAGCCUUUACCACCUUCGUGCUUCUGUCUUUCUCCCCUGCCGGAUCCUGCCGGAACGGGCCCCGUUUCUGAGACUCGGGCUCCUGUUCCACUAACCCAGCUCUCUGGUCGCAUUGCUUGGCCGUGGUACCAAAUAGUUGGGAUUCCUGAAGAAGUCCCCCUUCCCCGCGUGUCUGCGCAGACCUGUGACUGCCACCCCCGUUCCCGCCAAGUGCCCUCUGCCCGAGCUCGUCACCGGUGUUGCGCUGCUCUGCGUGAGUUACGAGGUGCCUUUCCCGGAACCCCUCCUCUCACUUGGACCCAGGAGAGGCGACAGCUCUGGCUGGGGCUCUUGUUUUCGAGAGGGUCUGGACUGGUUUGGGUGCUUUAAAAUAGAUUUUUUUAGUUCCGUGGUGCUUCUGGGGGGAGAUGGGGGUAGAACUUCAGUGUGAGACUUGGGUGGAUGGGGAAAGUUACAUAUUGGUCUUUUUUUAUUCUUUGCUUUGCCGUUGUUACCACUUGUCGGUGUCUCGAUGUUAAAAUGCCAAAAAUGAUCUAGUCGUCGUUGCUUUUUUCCCCUGCCCCUCCCCCGUCACGCCUUACGGCGGCCUCUGCCUUUUCCAGGGCGCGUGACAGGCUCUGUCCCGGCCGGUCCCACCGCCUCGCGCGAAGAGACCGGCCUGCAUCCUCCUUAGUCUGAUUUCACGCUCAUCUCUGGCGUCCCGUGUCCGUAGUCCAGGGGAGAAGCUUCUGCACCCUUAGAGCUUUUGCCACACCGACCUGAUUUGUCCAAAUCACCCCAAAAGUACCAUCUGUCUCGCUUCUGUGCGUAGAACCCGUCCGUUUUCCUAAACACCAGUCUCCUUCCUGGAGUGGGGCUUAGGCGCCUCGCCCCUGGUACCUGCAUACCUGCCCCCCCCACCCCCGGGUCGGGUCGUGCGGGCCCUUUGCAGGAGCUGCCCUUGGCGAGGCAGGGCUCCGAUCUUCCAGGGGACUAGUCUGAAACCUGCCACCAGCCUAUUUAGGGCCCCCGGCCAGGGACAGAGCAGCCUACACAUACCUUCAAGUGGAGACGGCCCCAUUCUCUGCCACAAUCACUCCUUUGGGCUUAGAAUUUUAAAAUGAACUUCCUACUGGCGGAAAAAAUCAUGACAAGUGCAAGGGGGUGGUCCUGCACCCCAAGAGAAAGAGGGGCCCGGACUGGGCACGGACUCUGCACCCACCCCUCGGGCAUCUGACCUGUCUUCCAGCUCAGGAAGGAGCCUUUGGGAGAAGGGGUUUAGGGCGAAGGGGGAGAACCUGAGAAGAGGUUGUGAUUUGGUCGAAGGUGCCUGGUUUAGUGCUGUAAUUGUCUUAUUUUUUUUUUAUAUAUAUUUCUUGGAGUAAACAUUUUAAAUAAACGACAUCAUUGUUUA